AUGUUUGAUUCACCUACUUUUGAUUUUGAUAGCUACAUCAAGUAUCGGCCGCCAUAUUCCGACAAGCUCUAUGCGGAGAUCUAUCAAUACCAUGAAAGCCAUGGGGGCCAGUGGAACCUUGCUCAUGACGCUGGGACGGGGGCUGGAAUAGUUGCCGAGGAGCUUUCGACGAAGUUCACCACCGUUGCGGCCAGCGAUCCAAGUGCCGUUUAUCUCGAGCAAGCCAGGCGACGUCUAUCCCUCAGAGACAAAUUUCUCUUCGGCUGUUAUCCAGGGGAAGAUAUGUCGUGGCUGCCCGACGCUGGGGUUGAUAUGAUCACCAUGGCCGAAGCCAUCCACUGGGCAGAACCUCAGGAUGUUGUCACGGCGGCAUCGAAGGCCCUGAGGCCAGGAGGAACUCUGGCAAUUUGGCAUUAUGGCGUCAUUCCUAUCUUCGUUGGUUCAACAGAAGCACAGGAUGCCUUUAACGAGCUAUUCGACCAUUGGAGCUCACGGUUAAUAGAGGGUGCACCAGAAGCUAAGCUUGCAAAUCUCGAGAGAGCGGUGCGUAUGACAGUGCUGCGAAUGGCCGAAAUCGAAUUUGACAAGAGUGAAUGGAAAACUGGAGUGCACCGGAUAUACUGGAACGCAUAUCAUCCUACUGUGGGUAUAACACACCAGGCUGCAUUUAAGGAUGUCCAGGUUCAGGAGAACCCGGAUGAUGUCGUGGAUAGAAGAAUCGACGAGACAAUCCUCAGCCAGUAUGCAGACAUAGACUGGAUACGAGGAUAUAUGAACCAUCUAUACCCAGAUGUACCAGCGGAUGAUACCGAGCAAGACAUGUUUGAGAAGCUGGCGAGAAUCAUGGAAGGUAGAAAGUUACGGCUUUCUUGGACAGUUACAAUGAUCCUUGCCACAAAGUCGAAUUAA